AUGUCUCAAGCUACUUUAUACGCUAAUUUCAGAAUUAGAACAUUGGUUCCAAGAGCCCUAGUCAACUUCUUGAAGUUGGAUGUUGCUGUUGUCGAACCGGAAAAAGCUCAAAAACAAUUUGCUAAGGACUUCCCAUUGAAGAAAUUACCAGCUUUUGUCAAUAACAAGGGAUGGAAGUUAACUGAAGUCAUGGCUGUCAUGAACUAUUUGGUCAAUUUGUCCUCAGAUGAAAAAUUGAAAGCUCAAUUAUUAGGUGAAGAUUUGAAAACUCAAAGUCAAGUAUUGAGAUGGGAAUCUCUAGCUAACAGUGAUCUAUGUGGUGAAAUUGUUAAGGCUUUCCAACCAUUGAGAGGUGAUAUUCCUUACAACAAGAAGGCUGUCGACACCGCUUUGGCUCAACUUGCUAAGAUUACUGAUGUUUAUGAGACUAGACUAAGAGAUUAUACUUAUUUGGCCUCUGAACAUAUUACUCUUGCUGAUUUGUUAUCUAGUGCUAUAUUCACUAGAGGUUUCAAUUACUUAUUCGGUAAGGAAUGGAGAGCUGAACAUCCAGCUAUUGUCAGAUGGUACACUACCAUGAUUGCAUCUCCCAUUUUAAAGAACGAAUUUGUUGAUUUCAAGUUUAUCGAUGAGCCAUUGGCACCACCAAAGAAGGAAAAGAAGGACAAGCCAAAGAAGGAUGAACAACCAAAGAAGAAGGACGCCAAGAAGGAAGAAAAGCCAGCUGCUGAACCAACUGAAAAGAAGGCAAAGCACCCUCUAGAAGCUCUAGGUAAGUCUACUUUCGUUCUAGACGACUGGAAGAGGAAGUACUCUAACGAGGAUACCAGACCUGUUGCUCUACCAUGGUUCUGGGAAAACUACAACCCAGAUGAGUAUUCCAUCUGGAAGGUUGGUUACAAGUAUAACGAUGAAUUGACCCUAACCUUCAUGUCUAACAACUUGGUUGGUGGUUUCUUCAACAGAUUGUCUGCCUCUACCAAGUACAUGUUCGGUUGUAUGGUCAUCUACGGUGAAAACAACAACAACGGUAUCACCGGUGCCAUCAUGAUCAGAGGUCAAGAAUUCGCUCCAGCCUUCGAUGUUGCUCCAGAUUGGGAAUCUUACGCUUACGCCAAGUUGGACCCAACCAACGAAGAAGACAAGGAAUUCAUCAACAACAUGUGGGCAUGGGAUAAGCCAGUUGUUGUCAACGGUGAAAACAGAGAAAUUGCUGACGGUAAGGUCUUGAAAUAA